UUUUUUAAAAAAGAGAGAGAGUGGAUAAGUGUAACACUUCAAGGGCAGAAUUGGUAACAAAAUAAUUUUUCGCCUGAAGAAGGGUUCAGAGGUACAAAAUUUACGAAGCCUAACCCCAAAGCACUGUAAUCUUCUCUUCUUUGACUGCUGAAAGAGUUUGAGCAAACUUUGGUUCUGAAAUUAUGGCAAGAUCAUUAUCUCAAAUGCUGUUGAAGCGUUUUGCAGCCUAUCCACUUGCUCGUUCAUCUACUAUUACAUCCAGAUCUAUUAAUCAGGGGGAAGUGUGGUAUUCAACUACUGUGCCUAGUGAUCCUGACACUCAUGAAGAUUUUAGACCCACUAGUAAGCUUGAGAGUUCAGGUCUUUCCCUGGAGAACAUUGUUGAGCAGGAUGUCAAGGAAAAUCCUGUGAUGAUAUACAUGAAAGGUGUGCCAGAGCUUCCUAGAUGUGGAUUCAGCUCAUUGGCUGUCAGAGUGCUGAAAGAAUAUAGCGUUCCUAUAAGUGCCAGAAAUAUCUUAGAAGAUCCCGAGCUUAAGAAUGCUGUAAAAGCCUUCAGCCACUGGCCCACAUUUCCACAAAUAUUCAUCAACGGGGAGUUUAUUGGUGGAUCGGAUAUCAUCCUGAAUAUGCACCAGAGUGGUGAACUCAAGGAAAAGCUGAAAACUAUCGCAGCCAACCAGGGGAAAGCAGAAUGAGAUAUAUUAUUGCAGAGAAUAGAAUAGUUCUACCAAUGUUUGAACUGUUGUAAUACUUCAAGCACUAAGUUUGAUAGUCUUUAGGCUUGCGAGCUGUAAUAAAAUAAGCACUUGAUUCCAUUUGUCAUAUUUUUGUGGAAACGAUGAAUUGUCUCUACUUGUUUAAAUUGUUCCAGUUCAA